AUGUCGGAUUACGAAGCUGAGUCUGGAGGUUCUGACAGCUCGUCGGCAAUUCGUCUGAACCGUUUUCAGGGGAAGCCCCAAAAGUGGCAGUAUUUAACAGAGCAAGAACGUGGUGUGUAUGCUAGUUUGGUUAAGGCAAGGGACGAGGAUUUGGGCAUACAUCUGUACAAUGCGCAUAUAUUGCGUCAGCGUGCUAAAGAAUAUCAAGAAAACCCAGUGAAUGCUAGGAUCAAUUCAGAAUACACAUUUCUUCCCGAACAUUAUCGCACUUACAAGCCUCCUGAUAGAUGGACAGCUUGGCCACUACCUCCCGACCUAGUUCCUAAGGGUAUCGACAACGAUUUGAAUAAAGAUGGAUAUGACCAAUUCACAUUCAAAAGAGAAAAAGUGAAUCAUCCAAGCACAGAACUCGAGGAAAUAUUAGUAGCUGUCGCUUUAAAGGAUGCAAGGAAGAAGUUUGAGGACCGUGAAUUCGAGGAUGAUUUGAUCCAAAGUCAAGAGAGUGAUAGUACCGAAACCACUGAUAAUGAUAGCUAUCAACCGAAUGGUGGUAAUACCACAUCGUUAGAGAUAGAAACAGACCAUACAGAUACCUCGGAAACCAAAAAUUUAGAGAGCCCAUCAGUGCCCAAUCUAACUCCAAUUUUCAAUCUCGACGAUGACAAAUCUUUCCAACAGCUUAGGCCUUUGGCACGCCAUAAUAUUAUUAAGAUUGAUGAGGUAUUAAUGGCUCUCCACAACACCCGAAAAACAUGUCACGGCUUUAAGAGUCCUGAGCAAAGAAUCGAGAAAGUUUCUACUUCUAACCAGACUCUCGCCAAUGUAGUAUCAGAAGUAGCUAGUAAGCCUACUAGUGAGAUAAAUCUAACACGUAUCAUUGAAACAGAUGAGCACCAAACUACUGAUCCAAGCAAGAAAACGCGUGGAAGACCGCCCAAGACUUAUGAACGCCUCGAUGAGGAGACAGAUGAGGCAUUUCUCGUUCGGAUUGCAAGACUCAGAAAAAAAUCUAUCCCAAAUUUUGCGCUAUCUGAAGAGGCACGAAGACCUAAAAAAACUUCCACCCCCAAGACGAAGCUAGAACCUAGGAGUCCUAAAUUUUCUGGUGCAGGAUAUCGUAAUAAAAGAAAUAAGAGAUUGGGACUACGGGACUGGAGUGAACUUCUUGGAUCAGCGGCUCUAGCUGGAAUUCCCCGAGAUGUCAUCGCAAGAGCAACUCAACGAUGUGCAAAUCUCUUUGAUGAGGGUAUGGAAAUGAGAAGCAUGAAUGAAACGCCUAUGACAGGCAAGGAUUCAGAUCUCGUAACGCGCUAUACACCUUGUCAAUUUCAUAAAGAGCCAUCCCUGGAUCCCGAAUCAACUCCCUGUAAUAGUCACUCAAGUGCCCCUUUUUCGAAAGCUAGGAAAACGAGAGCCUUAAUACCAGAGUAUUAUAAGCCUAGAAGUGGCCCUACUCUACGUCAGGUCUACUUUUGUUCAGUCUCACUUUGCCCAAGGAGAAUAAAUGGCUUUAAGGAUCAGGAUAGUCUAGUUAGACAUCUACGUAAAGGUCACGGUUUUGAUGAAAAUUUUAUAAAAGAAAACCUAUCAAGUGAUGAAGAUCUAGUCGGAGCUGUACAUGUCGAUGGAUUUUUAAAAAGAUUAAAGACUAGAGGAGAGGUGAAAAAUAAGAAUAGAUUGACUAGCCAUAGGAAUGAUACGCGUGCAACAUCUCAUGAAAAAAUAGUGCCUGUUACGAUGGAGUCAGCUAGCAGCGAAUGGGUAUCUUCAGACGCAGAAGAUCAGGAAAAAGCAUCUUGGAAACUUUAG